AUGGGUUUCAAAACCUUACUCGGCAGCUUGAGACACGCUCAAUUCCAAGCGAGUCUACUGUAUUGGCACACUCGGGACAACAGCGAAGAUCUACCCUCACACCUCAACUUGUUAUCCUCAAUCGAGUUAGAUGGCAGGGGAUGGGAAAUGGCUUUACUCGCAUACGGAAAAGAUCAUGUAAUAAUGAGGACUUAUAUACUCGCUGCGCAAGCUGCAAAUGCAGGAUAUAAAGCAUCUGCAGAGGAUGUCUACAUGCUCAGUCCCAAUACACCUUCUAUCGACCACGCUAAGAACAGCAUUAUUGCUUAUUCCAAGGACCGAUUCAAACGGAACACAUCUCCCAUGUCAAACGAUCCACCUUCUCCUCUAUCUCUCAGUGGUCGAUCUUCAAACAACGGUGAAAGACCCAGGAGACGUACUCGAUCUCCCUGUUCUGACAACGGUCCAACCUCCACAGGCUCUUAG